AUGGCUGCCGAGCUGAGACAGGAACUGGUAAACACUAACGCCCAACUGGAAAAACAGAAGUCUCUGAAAGAAGUCUUUAUCAAGAAGGAGAAAGAGGUUCGGCAAGAACUGGAGAGAAUUCAAAGGUACAGUGAAGCAGAUACUCUGAGAACUGCCAGCAUCGCUUCCCAUGUGCAAGUGGCUUUAAAACAUAAGAAGAAAAAGGUUCUUCAACAGGAAUACGAAGAACUGAAAGUGUCCUACGUUGUCAGCCAGGAGAAACUUUCAUCUGAGCUCCAACUGGAAAAAGAAAAAACUCUGGAGCUCCAGAAAUACCUGGAUGAGGCCAAAAACUUGAAUGACCAACUGAGCUUGGAGGUUGCCUCGCUUAGUCAAGAGUCUUUGAAGUUCCAAGAAGAAUCUGAGGAGAACCGGCGUCUGUUAGAGGCAGAAAAAAACAAGUCGGUUCUUUUACAACAAAACAUGUCAGAGCAAAUCGAGGCUUUGACGAAAAACGCUCCUGAAAACGAGAUAAAAAUGAUGGAAGAGCUCCAACAAAUGAAGACGGCGUACCAGGAUCUUAAAGUCAGCAAAGACUCCCAUAUUCUGGCUUACAAGGUGUUGUCAGAAGCAUUUUUACAAGAGCUCAAGGCGUCUUUGCAGGAAAACAAGAAAGAGCUGGAGACAAUGAACAACCUCCAGUCAAAAAACAAGACCCUGCAAGAGACGGUGGCUCAGAUGAUCCAAGAGCUGCAAAAUAUAAAAACUGAGAACCAGAAUGAGAGUGAAAAGAUGGAAACAGCUUGCCAGCAACUUAAAGCCAGCCACGCUAUAGAAGUCCAGACUCACAAAACCCUGUCUGAAACAUAUUUACAAGACCUCAACAAACAAAUUAAAGCUUCUUUUCAGAGCGAGAAGCAAUACCUGGAGAAAACCAACGUCCUCCAGGCAGAAAACAAGACUCUGCAGGACAUUGUGGCCCAGAAGACCCAGGAGUUGUCGGACAAACAGAAGGAGUUGGAACAGAUGGAGUCAUCUCAGAGUCGCCUGAAAGCCAGACUGAAGGUGGAGGUCCCGUCAGAAGCUUUGUUUCUCAGCCCAAACAUCCCAGCUGACGAAGCCCCCCUGAAGGUCUCUGAUGGUGAGACCACAACUCCAGAGAAAAAAAAAUCCUUGUGGAAAAGAACCCGACACCGCCUUGGCCUGACGAAGCCCAAGUGUUGGAAAAAGUAA